AUGGUGCUCCUGGAAAUUCGUGAAAGAAUUACGUACUUCCAAAAUGCAAUGGUCCAAGAAAGGCAUUCCCGUGCCGAGGACCAGUUCCCACCAGCUUCUUCCCUUGCUGAGGAGAAUGAUGACAGGAUUGUUGGGGGCUACACUUGUCAGAAGCAUUCUGUCCCCUACCAAGUAUCACUGAAUGCCAGGUCUCACAUAUGUGGAGCAUCUCUCACCACUGACCAGUGGGUAUUGUCUGCUAUCACCAGUAAACAUAUACAGGUGCGUCUUGGAGAACAUAACAUUGAUGAAAUUGAAGGUGGUGAGCAGUUCAUUGAUGCAGCUAAGAUUACCCACCCUGAUUAUACUACAUGGAAUAUUGACAACGACGUCACGCUGAUUAAGCUGAAAUCACCAGCUACCAUCAACUCUCAAGUGUCCACAGUCCCUCUACCAAUGUCCUGUCCGUCAGCUGGUUCUGGAUGUCUCGUGUCUGGCUGGGGCUUUCUGAAAUCUGGAGAUAACCUCUCGGAUUGCCUCACUCCUUCAGUGUCUGAAUGCUCCGUCCUGUCGGACUGCAUUUGCCACAAGGCCUAUUCACAUCGAAUCACUGAAAACGUGUUCUGUCUCGGCUUCCUGGAAGGUGGAAAGGACUCUUGCCAGUAUGAUUCUGGCGGCCCUGUGAUCUGUGAUGGACCACUCCAGGGUGUUGUUUCCUGGAGCGACGGCUGUGCUUCGAAAGGGAAACCUGGUGUCUAUGCCGAGGUCUGCAACUACUUGAAUUGGAUUCACCAGACCAUUGCUGAAAACUAA